AUGCACUGUCAGCAGCAGCAGCAGCAGCAGCAGCAGCAAGACGGUGCGUCAAUGCGUACAUUCUGUAACGUGAUCACAGCUUAUCACACGGUCCUUUCGGGUAUGUAUACCUCCAAUCAUCAACACCACCACCACCAUCACCGCAACAUCAAUAACAACAGCCGCAAUAUUAUACCUCGAAAACCAACCAUGAACAUCGUCGCACCCUGCCCAAAGAAGCCUUCCUCCUUCACUCUCCAGCUUGAAGAUGACGAUGCUUGCUGCCAAGAAUUGCGACAGAUUCUGGCUGCCAGUCAAUUGUACGAGCAGGAGGAGAUUGCCCGCACGCACAAUCCUCUUCCCCAAGACUCAAGCUUCAUUGUGCCCAUUCAUCAUUUGCAAGUGAGCGAGACCAACAAGCAGCUGCGUCCACGAUCCUACAGUGUCGGCGAUUACAACAAGGCUGUCGUGAGCUUGGUCCACUAA